CGAGAAUUGCAGCCACGUAAGCUGCACAACGGAUGUGGGUCGCGAAUUGCCUAUCUGCUGGCCUCACCCACCUAAACGGCUUGGCUGCUCAGCAUUCAAUUCCCGGAAACACAAAUGGCGGCCCUGCAAGCGCCACCUUCCCUUGUUCACGCCAAGCGCGGUGGCGAUGCUGGCGGUUUCCGGAGAGCGCCGACGGGAAGCUGGAUGUCCCCGUCAUCUUCGCUGCAUCUCUUGCCCUUUUCUUCUUCUCCAGGUAAUAAGCACAGUGCUUCAUAUGUGGCGAAGGCCCCAAAGAUCAUCUCCAUGCGCGUGGCGGCGGCGGCUUCUAAACAAGCUUACAUCUGUCGCGAUUGCGGCUACAUUUACAAUGCCAAGACUCCUUUUGAGAAAUUGCCUGAUGCCUACUUCUGCCCUGUAUGUGGUGCUCCUAAGAGAAGAUUUAGAGCAUAUGAACCGGCAGUGGCCAAAAAUGCCAAUGACACCGCCGUCAGGAAGGCCAGGAAAGAACAAUUGAAAAAAGAUGGCCUAGCAUUGCCCGCUGUGAUCUUCAUUGGAGUAGCUGCACUUGCUGGUUUAUAUUUUUACCUGAACAAUAACUUCUAGGACUGUGGCUGAUAAAUGUAAUUUCGACAAGAACUUACUUGGACUAUAUUAAUUAUAUUUAAUUAAGGUUUCAGUCUCAAUGUGCUCCUGUAUUCAUUUGUUAUUAAUUGGCUUCUACCUUUACGCCGGACAAGAGUUCAAAAUAAGGCUCCGUUUGGUUAUACUUUUUGACUCGUUCCACUCAGUUUAUAAGAGUUCAGAUAACUGAGAUGAAGAUCCACUUGGUAAUUGGUACGCAACUUCGCGGAGUUUUAUAUGAGGAAGGUGUACUACUGUGUACUGUAUAUACAUUGUGAUAUUUUUCUAAUCUGUUGACUUUUAAAAACAA